AUUUCCGAGGAUUUUGAACCUCUGCAAACCUCCUCUAGCAAACAAGGCCUAAUGCACUGUCGAGACGACUAUUGUACUUUCUCACCCCUUGUUAGUGAUAUGGAACGGGUGUGGUUCACACCCCCUUUUCUUCUCACCUUGACAAUCGAAUAAUAAGCAACCGGACACUCACACCGCCUCGCUCAGAAACUGCAGUGCCGUUCGCCCUCUCCUGCACCGCGCCGGUCGACGUCGCUCCGGCCCGCCCCCGCCUCCCUCCUCCUCCUCCUCCUUCAGCGUCGAUCUUCAUCCGGCCUCGCCCACCGGCGCUCCUCCCCGCCCUGUCUCGCCGUCCUUCCGCGUCCCACCACAGCAUCAUUCGCCCGGUCGCGCCGGGCGCCCACCAGCUGCUCGUCGAAACGCCGCAGAGGCGUUCGACCGCCUCCACACGUCCUCGGCUGCUCUCGCCCUCGCGGCGGCGGACCGGGUCCCAUGUCGCAGGCCAAGCGGUACGUGCUGCGCCUCUUCAUCUCGCUCAAGUACGUGACGGCCAACGUGGUGGACCGGCAGAGCGGCCGCGUCGUGGUCACCGCGUCCACCGUCGAGAAGCCCCUCCGGGACGGGCUGGAGUGCGGCCGCGCCUGCAACGCCAAGGCGGCCGCUGCCGUUGGCGAGGUGCUCGCCAUGCGCCUCCGGGUGGACGGCCUGGCCAGCGAGCCCAUCCACGCCGACGCCGCCAAGGAGGUCGAGAAGAAGGGCUUCAAGAACCGCACCAAGGUCUGGGCCAUCCUGAACGCGCUCCGCAGCCACGGCGUCAACCUCCACGUCGACGACGACGGCGACCAUAGGCGGCAUGUCUGACGAGCAUCAUCAGCUCAUUCUUCAGGUUCCUGAUCUUCAACCUGUCCCUGGCUUUCUCGAGGUCCCUGAUCUUCUACUCGAUCAGGUGCAGAUCAUGGUGGUCAGAGUGAACUCCUAAUGGUGCUAGAGCGCUGGAGAAAUGUUGCGGUAAUGGUGGAGCUGACGGCAUCGUGUCCCUGGCUCUUGAACGGCUUCCCAGAACCAAUAUCAUUUUCUGCAAACAAGUACUGUAGUGGUUUAGUCCGAGUUGUGGAAAUACGAAGCAAGUCACUCUCUGAACUUCUAAAAACUGUAAACCAAAUUCAGUGUUUGGGCCGGUAGCUUUAUCUGUUCCUUUGCAUGGUUCAUGCGAUUUUGGUGUUUGUGUUCUCAUUCUGGUAUUCUCAUGCAAUUUUACAUGAUCCUUCUUGCUAUUCACAGU